ACAAAACCCUAAAAUUCCCUUCAUAUCUAAAGCGAGCCACACCGGCAUUUGAAACCCUAGCCGAAAAGACCUCUUCAUAUUCCUACACUCUCUUUUCUCUGCAUCGGUGGCGGAAAGAUGCAGAUCUUCGUGAAAACCCUAACGGGUAAGACCAUAACCCUAGAGGUUGAAUCCUCCGAUACCAUCGACAAUGUGAAGGCCAAGAUCCAAGACAAGGAAGGCAUCCCACCGGACCAGCAACGGCUAAUCUUCGCAGGAAAGCAACUCGAAGACGGCCGUACACUUGCGGACUACAACAUCCAGAAGGAGUCUACUUUGCAUCUGGUGCUGCGAUUGAGAGGAGGGGCGAAAAAGAGAAAGAAGAAGACGUACACCAAGCCCAAGAAGAUCAAGCACAAGAAGAAGAAGGUGAAGCUCGCUGUCCUUCAGUUUUACAAGGUCGAUGAUAGCGGAAAAGUGCAGAGGUUGAGGAAAGAGUGUCCGAACGCGGAGUGUGGUGCUGGCACUUUUAUGGCUAAUCAUUUUGAUAGGCACUACUGCGGUAAGUGUGGUCUUACUUAUGUCUACCAGAAGGCUGGUGGUGAUUAGGGCAACAAAUUUAAGUCCUUUGAGUACUAUGUCAUUUUGAGAUUAUUGUUGGACCAAGUAUUAUGGCAUUUCUUUUGUUGUUAUGAGUUUUGUUUGGAUAAUUUUGGAUGGUACUUCUUUUUGAAGUUAUAAUGGAUAAUUAGUGGCUCAUUUUAUAUCUAUA